GCUUCAUUGGCAACUGCCCUCCAUUCUUAGGUGCUUUCCAAGAGUCACGUCAUCACCAUAACAAAAGAAGUUUCCUUGUACUCACCAUUUAAGAAAAUUCCAAGGGUUUUAGGAACUCUAGAACUCAGUUAAAAGAAUUAUAUACAACACCCAUGGUGGAUCCCGGCUGGGCUUUGGUCCCGACUCUGCGCCUGAGAAGCCCAUAUAUAAGUGAAUCCUCUUCCACUUCCCCGCCGGGAUUUAGAGGCACCCUGGAACUGGUCCCCGGAUGAGACUCGGAGGCUCCCACAGGAUUUCAGCAGCUCGCUUCGGCAAGUACCUCCGCGGGUCGCUUGCUUCGCUGGCCGGGUUGGCCGAGGAAAUACCCCACUCAGUAUAGGGCAAGAGGUGGCGUGGAAGGAGCAAGGGAUUUGGGCCGAUGAUCUUUUCCUUGUAUUUGAGAAAGGGUUUGGAGGCCCAGCAAGGGGACGCCAGUUGCUAGGCAACCUGCAGACGCGGGCCUGGGCUUGGCGGAGUCUACUGGGAGCUGUGCCUUUCCAGCUGGUCUCAGCUGUCUCGGGGGAGUUCUCGAUGGAAUCGCCCCGUUGAUACAUACCUUUGCCAUCCUUCCCACUCCGGACCUGCUCUUUACCUAGCUUGUUGGGUCAAUUCAGGUUGGCUGUCGUUGGCUGGUGUCACACCCCAGUCCUUGAAUCUCCGAUUGGAAGAGGGCGGAGCAUUGGUUCAGAAGCAAAUUAUAGUCACUAAUAUCACUAACCAAGAGGGAAAUGGUGAUAAUUGCAAUUGGAAAUAAUUAUCCUUGAGAAACGAGAAGAGUGGGAGUAUACUGCAGGAUAAAUACGUGAACUUGAAUGGAUUUAGAGGUUAAAGGAGUUGCUUCUUCUACGAGUCAAACUCAGCCAUUUUCUGGAAGAAAGCUGCUGCAACAAGGACGGACUUCCAAAUCACGGGCAAUCCAGAAUCCUUGCCUACCUGUGGUUCCACGACUUGAUUUGGGAAGCCUUGUUGACUCUGAUGAGGAGGAGCAAGACAUAAUACCUGAAAACUUACCAGGACCAACAAGCAAAUAUAAACUAAAAUAUCAGCAAUAUAAAACUGAAAUGAAAGAGGGAUAUAAACAGUACAGUCAGAGAAAUGCAGAAAAUCCAAAACCAGGUGUCACGCAACAGUCUCCAAGAAACAAGGUAGAUGACAAGUGUGUACAAGGUGAAGCAGCCAUCAUUGAUGGUCUUACAACUCUGGAUAGGAAGGCCCUCUUACAGCAGGGUUAUGCAGACAUCCCGUACAAUGCACCAUGGUGUAUGAGGAAGUCUGAUGCCGAAUUUGUGGCUGCAGAGAAGAAGAAACAGACUGUUGCAGAGCAAGUGAUGAUAGACCACUUAUCUAGGGCUGUGAUCAGUGAUCCAGAACAAAACUUAACCUCCGAGAGACAAGAAAGCAUUCAUAUCAUUCCAGAUUCAAAGAUGGCACCUCUUCGAUUUAGGAAAAGAACGCUACAUGAAACUAAGAUAAGAACCCAUUCUACAUUAACUGAAAACAUGCUUUCCCACAAAGUACAGUUUGAUGGUAGGAUCAUAUCAAGAAAUGGACGUGAUGCUUGCAGAGAGCUGAUUGGGUUCUUUUUUACUCAUGACCAGUCCCUAACAAUUUAUGAAUAUCGGCAAUUUGGGAAAAAUAGAACAAAUGUGCUUCCUUUUAUUCAAAAAAACAUUUAUAGUCAUCAGUGUGGACGAAGAAAAGGAAAACAAUACCAACUUGGUGAUUUUUAUAUUGGAGCAAACUUGACAUUUUUGAGUUCUGAUCAUCCCAGACUUCCAGAAAGCAUAAAAGAAAACACAUUACUUAUACUUCGAAUCACUAAUAUUGAUCAGAUAGCUUUGGAUUCUCUCAAAACUGAUUCUGUGGAACAUGAGGAUAUAACCAGUCAAGAAGCCAAUGAUAGGCUUGUCUUAAAGGCCAUUCAAGAUGCGCUAAAGGAACAGCUACACAAAAGAGGUGUUCGUAUUUUGACUGGAUUGGGGAAAUACCUCCAACAACUGGACAAGGAAAGAACUGGACUUUUAGCUAAGGCAGAUUUUAAGCAAGCUCUAAAAGCAUUUCACUUAGAAGUGUCUGAAAACGAUUUUGAACCUGCAUGGCAAAUUCUGAAUGGCAAUGACAGUGGCAAGGUUGAUUACGGAGAAUUCAAACGUGCCAUUAUUGGUGAAAUGAAUGAGUACAGGAAAUCAUUUGUUCGAAAGGUCUUUAUGAAACUGGAUUUCAACAAAACUGGCUGUGUGCCUAUUAUAGACAUAAGAAAAUGUUAUUGUGCAAAGAAGCAUCCUCAAGUAAUUUCAGCGCAUCUAAAUCAACUGCUACUGUUUUCUAAUACUACCUCAAGAACCAUCACUUCUGGAAAACUAAAGCCAAGAAACUCUGGAGUCUGAUAUACUUGCCGUUCUUUGGAUCCUAUUGGCAUUGGAUAAAUGAAGCAUCUAUCACUUCAUACUAUAGUUAUUAGUUGGCUUAUGUUGUAUUGUAUUGUAAGCUUCUUGAGUAUAAGAACCGUAUCUUAUUUCACUUUAUGACCCUGGUAUCUAAUGGAAAGUCUCUUGAGGUGUGGUAGAUAUUAAAUCAAAAUUUGCUAAGUGAAUACAUGUGUGAUUUAAAGCAACAAUUGUUAUGGUUCUUACAUUUGAACACUUUUGCAUUAAAACACUGUAGCAUAGGGAUGCCUGGGAGGCUCAGUCUGUUGAACGUCCGACUUCAGCUCAGGUCAUGAUCUCGCGGUUCGUCGGUUCGAGCCCUCCAUCUGUGCUGACGGCUCAGAGCCUGGAGCCUGCUUCAGGUUUUGUGUCUCCCUGUCUGUGUCCCUCGCUCUCUCUCUCAAAAAGCAAAUAAACAUUAAAAAAGUUAAAAAAUUAAAUGCCCCUAGUUCAUGCUUGAUAUAACACAGGUAUAAACUAGACACAGUGGAGCAUGGAAGAACUGUGUCCUAUCAGGGGAGUAAUAAUAAUAAUUCAUCCCUCUGAAGUCAUGAUUUAUUAAGGUAUUAUUGAGAUGGCAUUUCAGGUGUUCUAUAAAAAACUGAAAUGGUUAAGAUUUUGGAGAUUUGAUUGAAUAAAUUAUAGAAAUGUAUUACUGGAUACACAUUUUAAGAUUUCUUCAACCUGUGUAAGCUAAUUUGUGUAGUUGUUGGAUUUCUAAGCAAGGCAAAGUUAUUUGUAAGGGUUGAAUAAAAUUAUUUAUCUGGUGAUGAAUUUUAUGCAAGGAGAAAACAGCCAUGGUCUCUGUUGUGUUUAAGUAUUGGUUUUAUCAAGUUAGAAUGGGAUUUCUGAGUAUGGCUGAAGUUUAGAUACAAAUGAAAAGAUUCUCCCCUUUGCAACUAUAUGCUGAGUUUCCUGGGAUUUUCAAAUAAUUAGAAAGCCAAUAUGGAACAGGUGACUGCCAUUCAAGGAAAUCAUUAUGUGUCACUUAUGAAAGUUGUACACUUAUCCAGUAGUUGAAGAAAUUCAUAUAGAAAAACUUAAAAAAUAUAUGAUGUCAAGGAAAAGUAAUUUUGAUGAUGUAUUUGGAUAUGACCAUUACAUCAAGAAAAAAACAUGUACUUUAGUAAUAUUUUAAUAUAAAUGAUGUGGAAAGUACACAACCUUUGAAGUCACUGAAUAUUGAUUUCAAAGUUGAGCUCUGAUACAAAUUAGGUAUGACUUUGGGAAGCUACUUAAUGUCACUGAGUCCUUACUGAAGGACUCACUAUAGGUAUAAAUAUGGAUAUACUUAAGAGAUGUAGAUGUGGCUAUAUCUCUAGGUAUAGUGCUUAAUACAAUCUAGCAGACACAUGUAACUUAGUAUACAUUUAUUUCUUUUGUAUUUUUUUGCCUGAAAUAAAAAAUUAAUGAAGAAUUUUCUUUAUUUUUCUGAUUAAUCCCAAAUGGCAAUCAUAUGAACCAUUCUUUUUUUUUAUUUUUUAAUAAAGCUUAUUUAUUUGUUUUAAGAGAGAGAAAAAAUAAGAGAGAGAGAGAGUGAGCAGGGGAGGGGCAGAGAGAGAGGGAGAGAGAGAAUCCCAAGCAGGCUCUGCACUGUCAGCUCAGAGCCUGGCACAGGGCUCGAACUCACGAACCACAAGAUCAUGACCUGCAGAAGUCAAGAGUCAGACACCUAACCGACUGAGCCACCCAGAUGCCCCAGAAUUAUUCUUUAAAAGAGAGAUGAAUUCUCUUCUUUCAUCAGAGCCCAUGAAGGAAAAUCAAAAUCUUGCAUUAAAGCUAUCAAUUCUUUUCUUGCGAAGUAUGUAGUAAGGUGACAGUUUGAAAGAGUGAUUAGUAACAAAAUUUAUUGUUACUGAAAUUAAUUGGAAGAUGAUACAUGUGGAAGAUGAAUUUUAUAUCUAUAGAGAUGUUAGGCAACAUUCCUAACAUCUUCGGCGUGUACCCUAAGGCAGUCAAUUGUCUUUUGCAUCCAGUAAGAGAUUGUGUUUUCUACAGAUGGCUGGGACAGCAUCUCAUCCCAUAAAGUGUUCUUACCUAGUGAGCUUAACCUCACACCCAGAGGUGGGGUGUGUGUCUUCUCUAGUUGGAUAUGUACUUGUUACUUGAUUGUAACAAUAGAUUGUGGCUGAAGUGAUGCUGUGUGACUUCUCAGACUAGGCAAGAAAAAGCCACAAAGUGUCUUCACUGCUUGUUGCAAGAUUUGACCACCAAGCAAGAAGUCAGACUAUAUGAGACCGCCAGAUUGGAGCCGUUGUAUGAGGUGCUCUGGUCUCCCAGCUGAUAGUAUCAAUUGUCUACCAUGGGCGUGAGUCAUCUUGGGUCGAUUGCAGCCCCAACCAACCUCUCACCAUAUUCACUUGACAGACCCCAAGUAAGAACCACCUAGAUGAGCUUUUCUACAUUCUGUUUAUUUUUAAUUUCAGGUUUAUUGAAGUAUAAUUGACCCAUAACUCUGUGAGCAAAAUAAAAUGGUUGCUUUAGGCUG